AUGUGCAACAGACAAUCGCCCGGACAAGGCUCCAAAGACACCGAUCCAUUGCUUGAAGCGGCAUCACCUCCACCAAUCCAGGACGAUUACCUCAAGAUCGACGAAGAAGACAGCGAUGAUGAUAGCGGCGAGGACGAAGAUGUGAAAGAGGCUCGUGCUGAGCGGUUACGUGAGACUGGAGGCUGGCUUGGCUACCUGGAAGACUUCACUAUCUUCCUACCUUACGUCAUACCCAGACGAGACAUCAAAGUGCAGAUAUGUCUGCUCAUCUGUCUCCUCACGAUCGCAAUGGAGCGCGUCCUACAUGUCGCCAUCCCAUAUGUUCUUGGAAUUAUCGCCGACAGAGUCACACAUGGAUCAAUACCUAUUCGAGAACUCCUCGUCUUCCUUGCCCUCGAUGUACUUAGCGGCGAAUCAGGAUUGCUCUUCGUUCAAGAGCUCUCAAAGAUACCCAUCAAGCAGUUCUCGUACAAGCAAUUGACUAACGCUGCUUUCAACCAUGUCAUGUCCCAGUCAAUCAAUUUUCACUCUACACAAGACUCAGCCGAGGUCAUGAAGGCCGUUGAGCAAGGCGAAGCGUUGGGCAACGUCCUCGAGUCAGUGGUCAUCGAUAUCGCACCAACUUUGAUCGACAUCAUCGUUGCUUGUACUGUCUUCUACCGGAAGUUCACUCCAGCGGUGGCAAUGGUCUUGCUUGGUGCAUCAAUCGUAUACCUGGCUACCGAAGCAUUCUCAACGCGACUCACGACAGGCGACCGGAGGAAUGUGACGAAGGCCGAACGACUCGAGACACGAAAGAUGCAUCAGGCGAUCCAAGGUUGGCAAACUGUGACCUACUUCAACCGAUUCAAGAGAGAGGCUAGUGUACUCUCCAGUGCUGUGAGCGACCACAUGAAGGCAAAGACACGUUUCGAAGCACGACAAGCACUCAUUAAGGCUCUCGUUGAGCUGGUGGUGCCGAUUACCUUCUUUGCUCUGGCUUACCUUAUCCUUCAGCGCAUCACCGCGGGCACAGCAUCACCAGGAGACUUCGCCUUCUUUCUUACAUACUGGGACUCAAUCAUCUACCCGCUAAAGUUUUUGACGAACCAUGUACGAUGGUUGGUUGGUGACUUUGUUGAUGCCGAACGACUUCUUCACCUUCUGCGAACCCAGCCAUCAAUCACGGACGCACACGAAGCCUAUCCACUCGCAGUGCGCGACGCUGUAGUUCAGUUCGACGAAGUUUCCUUCAGGUACGACUCCAGCCGCUACGCACUCCGAGACAUCUCCUUCACCGCCUCGCCAGGCCAGACCGUCGCCCUUGUAGGCCAAACCGGCGCCGGCAAAUCGUCUAUCCUGAAACUGCUCUUGCGCCUGCACGACGUCACAUCCGGCAGCAUCACCAUCUCCAAACAAGACAUCCGGCACGUCACACUGGGUUCCCUUCGCGACGCCGUAAGUGUAGUUCCCCAGGCGCCCACAUUCUUCAACACCUCGAUCGUGGAGAACGUGCGAUAUGCACGCUGCACGGCGACCAACGAAGAAGUCCACGAAGCAUGCCGCGCAGCCGCUAUCCACGACACCAUUACACGCUGCCCCCAGGGCUACAAUACGCAAGUCGGCGAGCGCGGCGUCAAGCUGUCGGGUGGCGAGGCGCAGAGACUUGCGAUUGCGAGGGCGCUGCUCAAAGACUCACCGAUUGUCCUGUUGGAUGAGGCGACGAGUGCGGUAGAUACAGCGACAGAGGGGAAGAUCAAGAGGGCACUUGAGAAGCUCAAAGAGGGGAGGGUUGUUAUUGUCAUUGCGCAUCGGCUGAGUACAAUUGUAGACGCAGAUUCAAUCCUAGUGUUGCAUGAGGGAAGUGUUGUAGAGAGAGGAACGCACAAAGAAUUGUGUGAGAGAAAGGGGCGGUAUUACGAGCUUUGGGAACAGUCCUAG